UCUUUUUGGCGCCCGUUUAGAAUAGGUGUGUUUCAGUACAUUGUAUUACCAUCGAGUUUCCAUUGGAAAUACGUUCAGUGGAUGAGAACUUAACCUCUGAAUCAGUAUUUUUGACGGCCUAGCACGCGACUUUACCAUUGUCUUUUCGAUACAGUUGUAUUUCAUUGCAUACGGAAUUUUUUUUUUUGCAAAAUGUUCGGUGGACAACAGCCAAUAUUGGUUUUAAGCCAAAACACAAGAAGAGAAUCCGGUCGAAAGGUGCAGCUGGAAAACAUAAAUGCCGGAAAGGCCAUCGCUGAUGUCAUCCGAACAUGCUUGGGACCACAAGCCAUGUUGAAAAUGUUGAUGGAUCCAAUGGGCGGCAUUGUUAUGACCAACGAUGGAAACGCAAUUUUGCGUGAAAUCACCGUUCAACAUCCGGCUGCAAAGAGUAUGAUCGAAAUUGCACGCACACAAGAUGAAGAAGUAGGCGAUGGAACCACAUCUGUCAUCGUUUUGGCUGGUGAAAUUUUAACCGUUGCUGAACCAUUUUUAUCUCAACAAAUCCAUCCAACGGUCAUCAUUCGACAAUUCCGUGAAGCAUUAGAAUACAUCAUUGAAUUGCUUGAAGGAUCGAAAUUCAACAGUCUCAGUGUUCCAGUUGAACGUAGCGACAAAAAAACAAUGCAAAAAGUCAUUAAAUCGUGUGUUGGAACCAAAUUCAUUGGCCGCUGGGCAGAUUUGGCUGUUCAAAUUGCAUUGGACGCAGUCGAAACAGUUGCAAUCAGCGAAAAUGGUCGCACUGAAGUCGAUAUCAAGCGAUAUGCUAAAGUCGAAAAGAUUCCAGGCGGUUCGAUCGAUGAAUCGCAAGUAUUGAAAGGUGUAAUGGUCAACAAGGAUGUGACACACCCGAAAAUGCGACGUGAAAUCAAAAAUCCACGUAUCGUGUUGCUUGAUUGCCCGUUGGAGUACAAGAAGGGUGAGAGUCAAACGAGUGUUGAAAUCGUUGGCGACCAAGACUUCACACGAAUGCUUCAAAUCGAAGAGGAGCACGUACAACGUGUUUGCGCUGAUAUCAUUGCUGUUAAGCCAGAUUUGAUAUUCACCGAAAAGGGUGUUUCGGAUUUGGCACAACAUUACUUAGUCAAAGCUGGAAUCACAGCCAUUCGUCGUGUACGGAAAACCGAUAACUUGCGUAUCGCUCGUGCUUGUGGCGCCACGAUUGUGAACCGUACCGAGGAAUUGACGGAAAAAGAUGUUGGCACUGGCGCUGGUUUGUUUGAAGUUAAGAAAAUUGGCGACGAAUACUUCACCUUCAUCACCGAAUGCAAAGAUCCAAAAGCCUGUACGAUUUUAUUGCGUGGCGCAUCAAAAGACGUGCUCAACGAAACCGAACGUAACUUGCAAGAUGCUUUGCAUGUAGCGCGCAAUUUGGUAAUUGAACCACGUAUCGUGCCAGGUGGCGGUGCCAUCGAAAUGGCCUUAUCAUUGGCGCUGAUUCGCAAGAACAACCAAUUCCGUGCGAUCGCACAAGCCUUGGAAAUCAUCCCACGAACACUGGCACAAAACUGUGGAGCAAAUACCAUUCGCACGUUGACCGCACUUCGUGCUAAACAUGCAUCACAACAGUCCGGCUUGUGCACGUGGGGUAUCGAUGGUGAAAGCGGUCAAUUGGUUGAUAUGAAUGAGCGCGGCAUCUGGGAACCAUUGGCUGUUAAAUUGCAAGUGUAUAAGACCGCCAUUGAAACAGCUAUACUUUUGUUGCGUAUCGAUGAUAUUGUAUCCGGUUCAAAGAAGAGAAGCAACGACGGCGGUAUGCCUACUCCAAGCCAAGCAGCAAUGGGUGCUGAAUAAAAUCCCCAAAUUGAAACUCACACUACUAAUUAAAAAAAGUCUUUAUUUUUCUUUUGCUUAGUUUCACAAAAUCUUCACAAUUUUCAGCAUAAACACGAAAAAAAAAAACACCUUAAACACUAAUACAUUUUGUUUCAUCCAUUGCCGAAACUAUACACACACUGUAUUAAUUUGAUCAAAAAAGCGUUUGUAACUGCGAACCAAAAUAAUAAAACAUAAUGAGAGUUACAAAA